CUCUCGUGUACUGUCUACUCGUUUCGUCCCUCUUCACGUCCCGGUCACCGCUUCCUCAUCUCCCGGUCAUCGCCUCGUUCCCUUCCUCUCGGCUACUUGCCUCAGGCCGUCGCAAUUUCCGCCGUCAUGCUCUUGCAUAGGUUAGCGCCCCAGGCGGUCCUGGGUCCUUCCGCCUCUUGCCUCGACUCGGUCCUGACCGGCUUCGUGAGUUGCUUAAUUCACAUCUUCCUGCAUAGGUCGGUUGAAGCGCCUCGACGUCAGCUCUAUCGACUGAGAGCUGUCGAAAGCAGGCGUUAUCAGCAGUGCCAUCUCCAUUCGAGCACUUCAGGCCACGUCUCCAGCCCGACGACCUCGCGGCUUUCCUGCCCUCCCUCUUCGACCAGUCUGGACCUGUCAAGACCCGUCCAAGCGUUUUGCGGUGUGCUGAUCCUACCCGCUUUCGACGACCAGUUUCCUCGCGUUUGGGCACAGCAGGGGAGCUCGAACGCGACAUGAGACGCUGAUGCAGGGAAAAGGGGGACGCACAUGGGGUCAGGAACGCUGGUUCCCAUGUUAGCUUCAAAGAGAAUAGGAGGCGCAGCCACGGACGCGCAGUGCAACGUUGCUUCUGUCCCACAUUCAGGCGC